UCCCCUCCAUAUCAUGUGAUUCAGGUGUUCCAAUCCCCUCCAUAUCAUGUGAUUCAGGUGUUCCAAUCCCCUCCAUAUCAUGUGAUUCAGGUGUUCCAAUCCCCUCCAUAUCAUGUGAUUCAGGUGUUCCAAUCCCCUCCAUAUCAUGUGAUUCAGGUGUUCCAAUCCCCUCCAUAUCAUGUGAUUCAGGUGUUCCAAUCCCCUCCAUAUCAUGUGAUUCAGGUGUUCCAAUCCCCUCCAUAUCAUGUGAUUCAGGUGUUCCAAUCCCCUCCAUAUCAUGUGAUUCAGGUGUUCCAAUCCCCUCCCAUAUCAUGUGAUUCAGGUGUUCCAAUCCCCUCCAUAUCAUGUGAUUCAGGUGUUCCAAUCCCCUCCAUAUCAUGUGAUUCAGGUGUUCCAAUCCCCUCCAUAUCAUUGUGAUUCAGGUGUUCCAAUCCCCUCCAAUCAUGUGAUUCAGGUGUUCCAAUCCCCUCCAUAUCAUGUGAUUCAGGUGUUCCAAUCCCCUCCAUAUCAUGUGAUUCAGGUGUUCCAAUCCCCUCCAUAUCAUGUGAUUCAGGGUGUUCCAAUCCCCUCCAUAUCAUGUGAUUCAGGUGUUCCAAUCCCCUCCAUAUCAU